AUGGAGUUUGAGCAUCAAGAAGAGCAAGAAGAGGAGAUUGAGCUGCCACCAAGUUACGACUCGCUUGGAAACUCAGCUCGACCUAAAAUGCCAAGCCCAGUUGGAGAUGAAUCGCCGAGGAAGCCUAGAUAUAGAGAGUGUUUGAAGAACCAUGCGGUGGGUCUCGGUGGUCACGCCGUAGAUGGCUGCGGCGAGUUCAUGCCCGCCGGAGCUGAUGGAACCAUCGAUGCCCUCAAAUGCGCCGCCUGUCACUGCCACCGCAACUUCCACCGUAAAGAAAUUGACUCCACGGUUGUCGGUGGCGCUGAAACCUUCAAUUUCCGUCAUCACCAUCUAUUGACCCACCACCCUCACGGCCAGUUCUCACCAUACUACCGAACUCCAUCUGGGUACCUCCAGGUGGCGCCACUUCAGAGGCCGCUGGCUUUGCCUUCCAUUUCCGGCGGCGGCGGUGGUGUUGUUGGGUCGGGGGAGGACCAGGAGGACAUGUCAGACCCAAGUAAUAGUGGGAUGUCAAAGAAGAGGUUUAGGACCAAGUUUACACCAGAACAGAGAGAGAAAAUGCUGGGUUUUGCGGAGAGGUUGGAUUGGAGGAUUCAGAGGCAAGAUGAGGCUGUGGUGCAACAAUUCUGCAAUGAGGUUGGGGUGAAAAGGCAUGUACUGAAAGUAUGGAUGCAUAACAACAAGCAUACCCUUGGUAAGAAACCCUAG